AUGGCGCAGCAGCACAAGAGUCUUGCCGAAGACCUUUUCGAGGACAUGGGCCGCAAGGUUGCCGAGGCGAGCGCAAUGGAAGCAGAUGAGGAUGGCAACAAGGUUGUCGAUGAGAUUGAGAGCUUGUGCAUGAACUGUCACGAGCAGGGCACAACGCGUCUUCUCUUGACCAAGAUCCCCUUCUUUCGCGAAAUCGUCAUCAUGUCAUUCGACUGCCCACACUGCAAUUUCAGGAACAACGAGAUCCAAUCCGCAGGCGAGAUCCAACAGCGCGGUGUCCGGAUAUCCCUCAAGGUCGAUAAAGAGGAAGAUCGCAAUCGGCAACUCGUCAAGAGCGACACCGCGAUUUUCAGAGUCGAGGAUCUGGAUCUCGAGAUGCCGGCUGGUCGCGGUCAACUGACAAACGUGGAAGGCAUAUUGACUAUGACUGCGCAAGAUCUGGAGCUGAAGCAGGACGAGAGGAAACAACUAGUGCCGGAGGUCUACGAGAAGAUCCAAGGUAUAAUAGACGCUCUGCGCGAGAUGGCCGCUGGCUCGAGAUUGCCCUUCACCAUCACAGUCGACGACCCAGCUGGCAACUCAUCCAUCGAGCCUUCACCACAGGACAAGGGGUCAAAGUAUCAGAGGCAUGAUUACGCGCGCACCACUGCACAGAAUGAGGCUCUUGGCCUUGCAGACACAUCGGAGGAAACGACAGCAGUAGAAGCGCCGCCCACUGAAAUCCGUCCCGAAUAUCACGCAACUUCGCUAUACCCCAAAGCGCCGGAGCAACCCAUGGUGAACAAUGUCGACGACGACGAGAUUGUGGAGAACCAGGUCUACUCGUUCCCAGCACACUGUCCCGGUUGCGCAAAGUACUGCACCACCAACAUGAAGAUGGUGAACAUUCCCUACUUCAAGCAAGUGGUACUUAUGAGCACAGUUUGUGAUCACUGUGGCUAUCGGAGUAAUGAGGUCAAGACCGGUGGCGAGGUUCCCGAGAAGGGUCGUAGAAUCACUCUAUCAGUUGAAACCAACGAGGACCUUUCCAGAGAUAUUCUGAAGUCCGAGUCUUGUACGAUGGCUUGUCCAGAGCUUGAGCUUAGCGUUGCUCCCGGCACCAUGGGUGGUCGUUUCACCACGAUUGAAGGCAUCCUAACCCAGGUUCGGGAUGAUCUCCGUAGUCAGAUCUUCGACAUCGGCGACGGCGGUGACUCAAUGGACGCUGGUACCAAGGAGAAGUGGAAUAAAUUCUUCGACCGAUUGACAUCAGCCAUCAAGGGCGACGUCAAAUUCACCAUCAUCCUCCAGGACCCCUUAGCUAGCAGCUAUCUCCAGAGCUUCACAGCGCCCGAACCCGAUCCGCAGAUGAAGGUAGAAGAUUAUGAGCGCACUGCCGAGGAGGAGGAGGAACUCGGCCUGGCAGACAUGAAGACCGAGGGGUAUGAGGAGCCUGAUACCGCCAAGCCGACGGAUACGACCGAGACGACCGAGACGACUAAGGACGCGUAG